AUGGCGAUUCAGUAUCCCAAACUGCGGCUCUACCGCUUCCCAGGAAGCUGCUCGCUCCUGUCGCACAUGGUGCUCCGCCACCUCGGCAUUCCCUUUGACGAGACGGUCAUGAGGUACGCCGCCGGGGGCGGCUUCGAGGCGGCCGACGGCUCGAUGGACGCCGCGGCUUACAAGAGCCAGGUGAACAUGUCGGGCCAGGUGCCUGCCUUGGCGGUCCGCGAGGCCGGCGACGACAACGGCUUCGUCAUCACGCAGAACAUUGCCAUCACCAGCUACGUCAUCGAGUUGGCCCAGCAGGCGGGCAACCCGGCGGCGGCGGUGCUGAACGGCGAGCCGGGCUCGCUGCUCUCGCGAAUUCGCGUCCUGCAGUGGCUGAGCUACCUGGCGUCGACGGUGCACUACAUAGGCUUCGCGCCGGGCAUCCGGCCGGACGGCUUUGCCGACGACAAGUCCGUGCACGAUAACCUCGCCUACAAGGGCCGCCAACAGCUCGUGCGUGCCUUUGAACGCUUUGAGAAGGAGUUAGGCAGCGACUUUGCCGUCAACAACGCCCUGACCACCGUCGACUUCUACCUGUACGUGCUCUGGCGCUGGACUAAAAUGCCCAUGUUCGACGGCCUCAUCCCUGGCGAGUACCCCCGGUUCGAAGGUCUGGCGAGGAAUGUGGAGAAGCUUCCGAGCGUUCAGGAGACCCUCGAAGCCGAGGGGCUCCAGAGGAUAUUUUCCGAGUAA